UCUAGGGCGCCACUGCCUCUAGGAAUUGGCUAAGGUGGAAGCUCAAAUCGGGCUUCUUGAGCCGCAGAUCCAAGCGGCUGGGGUCUUUUCUCUCUGCCCUUCAGAGUGGCAAUCAAUCUCUGGCGGAAUAUUGGCGGAAUAUGGGCGGAAUAAGAAAGAGCAACUGCGGAAGGAGGAAAACCUCCUCCACCUCAGAAGUAAUGUGCCCCUCGCUGGAGUUGCACAGGAGGAGCAUGGGUGGGGUCGCUGGAGAAAGGAGCGCGGUGCGCUCACCAAGCUGUUUUCUCGGAAGUUUGUCCUCCCGCAGCACGUUGACGCAGGGCGCAUCCGUGGUACCCCCCUCAGAGCUCAUCGGGAACCGCGGAAUUACACCUUGGUAGACUGUGAAUGCCGCAACUGGGCAUUUGCCGCGGAGACGAGGAGGCCAAUGGAAUCCGCGGAUCUGGUGUACCAGAUGGUGUGGUGGCCCUUGUAAGGGCUACUGAUACUCCAGAUUCUAAAUUCUGGAUUUUAGAUAGCGAUGCACUGCGAAAUUAUGACAAACCUUUCCUGCUAUGGAAACGAAAGGCAUAUGCGAGUCUAGAAUCCAAAAUCCAGGAGCGGCUCAACAACUUCACUUCCUUCAUUGUCCUAGGCACUGCAGGGAUAGGGAAAUCGUUCUUUGGCUAUCACUGGAUUAUUAGGCUGGGCCAAAUGGGGCAAGAAAAGGCGUUAUACAAGGUUGGCGAGGUUGUUUACAUCCUGAAUUUGCGAAGCCGAUAUGUUGAAGGUGGUUAUUACGUGAAUGGCGAAAUUAUAUGCCAAAUGCUGGACGAUCUGUCAAUGUGGCUAGUGAUAGAUGGGAAGCAGGAGACGCCUUUACCUGGCAAGUGUCGAGUUCUUUUGGUUUGCUCAUCUAACAAGACAAACUACCAGGAGUUUGGCAAGGGGGGACUUUGUUGCAUGCUUUAUAUGUCGGUGUGGUCCAGGGAGGAGAUUGGGAAAUUCCUUGACGACUUUGAGCCUUACCGAACUAGUUACAGGAACAUGAAUGUGGUGGACAGAAAGGAAGGGCUUGACAACUUCGAUUAUUUGGGUGGAGUUCCUAGGUAUGUACUGCGUGCAACAAAGCUGAAAGUGGGGAAGGCCAGGGCCAAGGCUGUGGUUGAGUCGUUCGGAUCAAGUGCGUCCAAAGCGGCUACAAUUUUGUCAUGAGGGUACGUUGAAAAAGUCAGUGACUGCAUUCUGCACAUCGUGGCAACUGAGGACCACAGCGAAAAGACAUAUCAGUUUGCAAGCGAGGCUUUGAUGACAGAGCUUGUUCGUGUUGGGAUUUCUGAAAGAAACAUUCAGUUGCCCUUGGGUGGGGGCUUUGUCGGGGAAGCUUUAUGAGCCUCUUGUGCAUAGGCUACUGUUGAAGGGUGGUGAUUUUGUUAUCAAGCCAGUUCAUGCUAAUCGAAGCUCCGGUCCUGAGACUUCCGUUCAUAUUGGACCUCAUAUCAUGCUGGAGGCAAGUUCUGCGGGUGAGUUUGGAGGAAAGAUGGGGAUGGGCAAGUACGUGCAACCAACUUCUGAAGUCUUUCCGAGCAUCAAUUCUGGUAUGGAUGAAGACAUUCUCAUUCAAGAGCGGGUAUUAGAUACCAUAGUUUUUCCUUUGUAAUGUGGGCUUUGUUUGACAUAGGAAC